GGAUCGAUCUAGAAACUCUUGCACCCGUCUGGCCCCAAUUAAAAUUCGGAGAAGGGAAGCCAGAGAGAAGCAAGAAACGCAGCGGCGGCGGCGGCGGCGCAAGGAGCACGAGCUCGACGGCGCGAGGAGCUCCAACUCGGCGGCGCGAGGGGCCCUAGCUCGACCGUCGCCACUGCCGUCCCCACCUCUCCCUUCGCUCCUUCUCAGCGCGGGCAAAAUGGCGGACAGAGACGGGGAUUAGGGUUUACGCCGCCGCCACCUCCACCUCCGCCCAGCCCUGCUCCGUCGCCUGCCUCCUCCGCCGGGACUGCACGCAUUCUCCCUGGGCGGGCUCAAGUCUGUCACGGGUAACCUCUCCAUCUCCAUCUCGCCCCGACACUCGUCUGCUUCCAGUCGCUGCCGGCCCUGUCCGAUCGAUUUCCUUCCAGACAAGCCAGACCAAGCACUACCCCAUAGGUUUAGCAUUACUAGCAAAUCUACAUUGCUGAUACUUGCAUUGACCAUUUGGAGCUGCUAGCUUGUCUGAAGGCUUCUUCCUCAAGAAGAGUUACUGGACUUGGAGUUUGUGCACCUGGUACCGACUCUGAUCUACGUUUCUUUGGACCUGACACACCAGGCGAUCUUGUUUGUAUCUGACAGCUGGUCCCAUAUUUGAGAUUGUUUGAACAGGGAGACUCAAAUCAAAUUUGGGUCUUACAUAGCCUUCUUCAGCUCAUAGCAUUUUAUGUGAAGGCGUGUGGUUGGUUUUCAGAACCAACAUCAGGAGCAGUAUUAUGGAAUCCAACAGAGAAGAGGCCGUCAAGGCUAGGGAAAUUGCUUUAAAAAAGUUAGAAAGCAAAGACUUUGUUGGUGCUAAAAGGAUUGCACUGAAAGCACAAAGGAUUUUUCCAGAACUUGAAAACUUAUCUCAACUGUUGACUGUCUGCGAAGUGCAUUGUGCAGCAGAGGCAAAGAUCAAUGAGUUGUUGGACUUCUACGGGAUUCUCCAAGUGGAUGUAAUGGCUGAUGAGGCAACCAUAAAGAAGCAGUACCGGAAGCUUGCCUUUUCACUUCACCCUGAUAAAAAUAGUUACCCUGGUGCAGAAGCUGCUUUUAAAUUGGUAGCAGAAGCUCACUCAACAUUGUCUGAUCGAACAAAAAAACCUGCAUAUGACAUCAAGUGGAGGGUUGCUUCCAGAAUUGCACCAAAGCAGGGUUCAGAACUAAAGCAGGCCACAGGACCAAAGCAAGGUACCCAACCAAAGCAGGCUACCCAAUCAAAGAAGGCAGCAAUACCCAAGCAGGCAACAGUACCGAAGCAGGCGGCAGUACCAAAGCAGGCGGCAAUACCAAAGCAGGCGGCAGUACCAAAGCAGACAGCUACAGAACAGAUGAAGAAACCUGGUGCAAAUAGAAGUAGUGUAGCAGGAGGUGAACCACCAGUUCCAUCAAACACUGCUGGACAGGCAAUAUGGACCAUAUGCAUUCACUGUAGAACAAGAUAUCAGUACUACAGUGGCGUACUAAAUCAUCGCAUCCGCUGUCAGAACUGCAGUAAAUAUUUUGUUGCUUCUAAGCUGAAUGUACAGGAUGUGCCUUCUGUAUUCACAUCAAAUUCAAUCAGAGGUGUUGGACAACAGAGUGGUUUUCCCAGUCAACCAGACUGUUCUACAAAGUUCUCUCCUUCUAGGUUGAAUGGUGAUGCUAAGCCCUCGGUGAAUGGAGCACAAACUGCUGAACAUAUGAAGAGUGCCAGAGCGGGUGGUGAGGAGAAGGUUAACCAUGCAGGGGCAGGUGGAAAAAGCGGGGUUGAAUUUUCAACAGGGAACAUGUCUAAAUCUUCUGCACCAAGUGCAAAUGACAAGGCAGGUGGAAGAAUGGCAUCUGACCCUGCUGGUCCAGAUGUUGCUUAUAGUAAAAACCCAUGCAGUAGGGUAGUAGAUACACCAGCAGAGCCAAGUGCUACUGGCAGCCCUAGUCCCCGGAGAUCAGCUAGGAGAAAGGCAAACCAUGAUGCCAGUACCCCGGUUCCCCCUAGCAAAAAAAGGCGAACACUAAAAGAUUGGUUUUCAAAUUCUGACACUAGUUGUAAAAAAAUGUUUGAUAAUGUUGCUCGUGCUGAUGUAAAAACUGGUGAAGCUCAUGUCCCUAGCAAAGCACACAAUGAAGAGAAAGGAAGCACUGCCAAAGAAGGGAACCAGGAAAGUGUUAAGAAAGAAUCUACAUGUGAUGCAUCUGCUGCGAAGAAUCCUUGCGAUUCUGCACAAUUAACCUACCCUGACCCAGAAUUUUUUGACUUUGAUAAAGGCAGGAAUGUGAAUUUGUUUGCAGUUGAUCAGAUUUGGGCAGUUUAUGAUGACCGCGAUGGCAUGCCACGGUAUUAUGCUCGAAUAAAGCAUGUAGAUGCUACCAAAUCCACUAUUCGGUACACUUGGCUGGAGCAUAAGGCAGUUAAUGAUGAAGAAGACAGAUGGACGGAUAAAGAACUGCCCGUUGCUUGUGGGAAGUUUAAUUUAGGAAAAACAGAGGUAUCAAAAGGUGCCCUCAUGUUUUCUCAUACUGUUGUUCCAUGGGUGAUGGGCAGAAGAGGGUGUGCCUAUGAAAUAUAUCCCAGGAAGGGUGAGGUAUGGGCUCUUUAUAAGGGUUGGAGUAUGGAGUGGUGUUCAGAUGCAGAUAACCAUAAAACAUACGAGUACGACGUUGUGGAGGUUCUGUCAGACUUCACAAUGGAAGCUGGAGCUGCUGUUUUUCCCUUGGUCAAGAUUAAGGGGUUUGUCAGUCUAUUUGGAAAAGCAAUUGACAGAUCAUCUUCUGUUAUACCAUCUAGCGAACUGCUUCGAUUCUCGCACAAUAUCCCAUUUUAUAGGACAAAAGGAAAUGAAAAGGUUGGUGUGGCAGGUGGGUUUCUUGAACUAGAUACCGUAUCACUUCCUAGUAACCUGGACGCAUCGUUUCCAUCAGUUGCUAUCAACAAGACAAUUAGCAGUGGUUUCAUUGAUGCCAGUGAUAUUAGUACACCAGGUCCUGGAAAUGAACCAAGUGCUCAAAAGGAAAAUCAGCCAAGUGGAGGAAAACGGAUAGAUGAUUCCCUUGAACAAACCCCAAGACAGAAACAGAAAGGCGGCACUGCGAGUCUGCCUGGUUCUUCUUCUCAGCUAUUCUGCACCUCUCCAAGUACUAUUGCAACAUACCCAGACUCGGAGUUUUAUAACUUUGAAGAAGGGCGAUCAUAUAACAAGUUUGAACGUGGCCAGAUAUGGGCUCUUUACAGCGAUCUUGACAAAUUUCCCAAGUAUUACGGCUGGGUGACCAAAGUUGAUAUGGAACCGUUCAGAUUGCAUUUAACUUGGCUCGAAGCGUGUCCUCAACUGGAGCAAGAGAAGAUGUGGUUGGAGCGUGAUAUACCUGUGAGCUGUGGGACAUUUAAGCUCCGCAACUGGAGGAUCAAGUAUGAUUCAAAUGACGCAUUCUCUCAUUUAGUAGAAACUAGCCAAGUUAAUGGGCAACGUUUUGAAAUUCACCCGCGAGUAGGUGAAAUUUGGGCCAUUUACAACAAUAACUGGGCACCUGACUGGGUUCCUUCCAGCGAUGAUGCGUGUGAAUAUGCCAUCGGUGAGAUUACUGAGCGCACUGAAGCUAGCACAAAGUUCUCGUUUCUGACUCCAGUAGACGGUUACACAGCUGUGUUCAGGUUUGACAAUGAAAGGGGUAUUCUGGAGAUUCCUGCAAAUGAGAACUUGAGGUUUUCUCACCAUAUACCUUCUUACCGUCUGACAGAAGAAAAAAGUGGCACGCUCCGUGGCUUCUAUGAGCUAGAUCCAGCUUCUGUUCCUGAUGCUUUCCUGGUCCGAGGCGGCACCUGCUGACCGACUGACUUGGAAGCUAACAUUAAAUUACUUCCAAUCAAGUCAAGUAGUCAUCUGGUCGCUACUGUGAUCUGGUUAUUAAUCACACUUUGAAAGUGUUAUCUGCAGGGGAGAGCAAAUGAUCAGUUAGGCUCUCUGUAUUUCUAGAUGUUUUACCGUAUUUCCUAGUGCUUGGGCGUAUUUUGGCCAUUUCUGUUGUGGACCUUAUGAAAGCUAGGUGUGGACCUUAUGAAAGACUGGAAAAAAGGGAACUUGAUGGUUGUUAGUUUGGAUCAGGAUUCUGCUUA